AUGCUUGGAAAUGCCGUCAAAGAGGCGACAAGGCUGCGGCCAGGAACAGGCGUGAACAGAUGCACGUCAGACCAAAACAGCGCCGCCGCCAAGAUUUCCCGCGGCGACUGGAAAGGUGACAAGCCGGUCAUCCCCUCCAUGCGCAGUCUGUCACAAUCAUUGCGUCCUUACCUCCAAUGCGUCCGUUCUUCCCUUACAGCUGCCCUUGCUCUAUCGAACUUCGCCUCUCAAGCCUCAGAAAGACACAAUGUGCCAGAAAUCGAAGCUGCCAGUUCACCGGAAGUCUUACUCAAUCCGCUGACGGUCGCACGAAACGAGAAUGAGAAGGUAUUCAUAGAGCCCAGCGUCAACAGCGUGCGGGUAAGCAUACGGAUCAAACAAGCAGAUGAAAUCGAGAACAUUCUUGUGCAUAAGUUUACCCGUUUCCUUACUCAACGGGCGGAAUCGUUCUUCAUUCUGAGGAGGAAACCAGUCAAGGGUUAUGACAUCUCAUUCCUUAUAACGAAUACCCAUACCGAAGAAAUGCUAAAACACAAGCUCGUGGAUUUCAUCAUCCAGUUCAUGGAGGAAGUCGACAAGGAAAUCUCGGAGAUGAAGCUCUUCUUGAAUGCCAGAGCUCGAUUUGUUGCGGAAUCUUUCUUGACUCCGUUCGAUUGA